GCAGGCAGACGUAUAGGCAUGUCGUCCGUCAGGAUCGAGUGCAUUGCCAACGAGGGCUACAGGAUCGGGGAGUCGCCCGUGUGGGACGAGAAGGAAGGCGCGCUCCUGUACGUGGACAUCUCGGGUAGGAAGGUGUGCCGCUGGAGCCCGGUGACCAGGCAAGCUCAGGCCAUCCCCGUGGAUGCUCCUGUGAGCUCUGUGGCUCUUCGGAAAUCUGGAGAUUAUGUCAUCACUCUGGGAACCAAGUUUGCUGCUUUGAAGUGGAAAGAGGAGCAAGUAACCACCAUUACUCAAGUGGACAAGGACAAACCGAAUAACCGAUUCAAUGAUGGGAAGGUGGAUCCCGCAGGGAGGUAUUUCGCAGGUACAAUGGCUGAGGAGACUCGGCCUGCCGUGCUGGAAAGACACCAGGGCUCUCUGUAUACACUUUUCUCUGACCUCUCAGUGGUGAAGCACUUUGAUCAGGUGGACAUUUCCAAUGGGCUGGACUGGUCACUAGAUCACAAAACCUUCUUUUACAUCGACAGCUUGUCCUAUUCGGUGGAUGCCUUUGAUUAUGACCUCCAAACUGGAAAAAUUGGCAACCGUAGGAGUAUAUACAAACUGGAAAAAGAGGAGAGCAUUCCUGAUGGGAUGUGCAUUGAUACAGAAGGCAAACUUUGGGUAGCUUGUUAUAAUGGUGGGAGAGUGAUUCGUCUUGACCCUGAGACCGGUAAGCCCUUGCAAAAGGUGGACUGGAACUUUUGCACAGAGGCACUGGCACAUGUGCACCAGGCAGGUCAGGCUGCAGCCUCACUUCUGACUCUACUGGAAGCUCUUACUUGA